GAAAGCCCCACACACAUACGAGAAAGCCAGCAUGAAUGAUAUCCCCCAAACUCAUUAAUAUAAUUAAAAAAAAAAAAAAAAAAAAACCCCCCCACUUCUCAUCUCUCUCGCUCCACACUCGCUGUCUUUCUCAAUCUUCUACAUUAUAAACUUCAAAGCAAAGAACAAACACAAAUAAUACCAGCAUCAUUCAUAUUUCUUCAACCACAACAACAAAACGCCUCUCUCUCUCUCUCUCUCUCUCUCUCUAAAACUUCCCCCAAAACCUCAGCUUCCACAGAAACCGAGAAAUGCUAGAUCCAGCAAACGAUCUCCUUCCUCCACCUUCCUCUCCCACCAACUCUUCCAUUUCCUCCUCCGAUCUCGACACCGAGUCCACGGGCUCCUUCUUCCACGACAGAAGCACGACACUGGGAACGCUAAUGGGCGUAAGCUUCCCUGCGAUCGCCUUCCGAGCGCCGUCGCAGCGCCGCCGCGAAACCCCGAUCUCCACAUCGGCCGCCCAGUCCUCCGUCGUCGCCGGCGCCGGCUCGAGAAAGUGCAGGAAGGCGAAGACUAAGAAGGCGGUGGCGGUUGUGGCAGAGAGGACGCGGCGGUGGUGGAGCUUGUGCCGCGAUGAUGGCGAUACGAAGCCUGCGUCGCUGGGAGAGUUUCUGGAGGUCGAGAGGAGGUUCGGUGACGGCGCGUUCUUCGGAGCCGCGACGGAGUUCGAGAGAGCGGUGGUCGGAGAGCAGAGGAAUGGACGGGUCUUGUUCGCCGACGGUAGGGUUCUUCCGCCGGCGGUGGAUGUUGACGAAACGACGUCGUCCUCGGAUGGGGCUCUCUGUAGAUUCCCUGUUUAUCUCACUGGGAUCUGCAGCGGUUGUGGUGUAGGAUAAAAUUUCCUCUCUUUUUAAGUUGUGUUUUAUUUUUUUCUAAAAUAUUUGUUUCUUCCACUAAUAAUAUUUAAAGAAUA